AUGUCAGCACAAACAGUCCAUCCAGGCGAACAGUCGCUCUCAAAACUUCUGGCAACAUUGACGGCAACGCUACACCCUUCAACCUACGUUUUUGCCGUGUUUACCGAUGAGUCGACGCUUCCACCGUUCUCGGAGGUCGAGAUGCUCUUCCGCGAAGCCAAAGCAGAAGGUGUCACUGUAAUCACCACUCAAGAGUACGCCGAAAGUCAUGGAUUUGAGUACGCUUUUCCAUGUCGCAAGAUUACACUCGAUGUAACGUCGAGCUUGGAUGCUGUUGGGUUCAUCGCUGUUGUUGCGACAAGACUUGCGGCUGCUGGAAUGGGUGUGAAUCCGAUCAGUGGCUUCUACCAUGACCAUUGUUUCGUUCCGGUUGGCAGAGAACAAGAUGCGCUCAAGGUGAUUGCUGAGUUGGCUGAAGAAAAGAAACAAGAAGCUCAAGUUUGA